AUGUCUGAACACGACGGAAGUUCCGGCAGGGGCUAUGACACCCCUGUUCCCGAGCUCGAUGAUCAUCGCCACCAGAGUUCUUCGGUGCAGAGAACGGAUCGUCCCCGACGUGGCACCGUGGACACGUUAUACGGUUCCCGCCAGCACCUGGAUCCAGAUGGUCCAUACUCUCCCUAUUCUCCGUCGGAUGUCAGGGUUCGAGACUUCGAAGAAGCGAUCGUAGACGAGGAUGAUGGUGACGCAGCACACGCUGCUCCCCGGAGCCGACGACCAACCUUCGAUUCGACAAAUGAACGUAGCGUCUCACCACCGAACUCUGUCAAAGCUUUUGCUGAGGCUCGACGUCGCGAACGAGCGCUCUCGACCUCAGAAAAUCGUGGUCAUAGACAAGAUGAGGGCGAAGGCCUACACCGAACCUUCUCCGCUCAGAGUCGAAACAGUCACCGAAGCCAACGAUCCGGACAUGACAGGCCUCCCACAUUUGUUGCAGACGAUGCUGCUAGCUUGGCGACCAACAAGACUGCGGAAGACGACGUGUGCUUUCCCAUGCAAGAUGAGCACCGCCAUGAUCAGUUAUAUAUCGACUUUGAUUAUCUGGAGAAUUUCAUUGCCUCUGAGAAUGCCGCACACAGGGAGAGUCUAGAGGCUCAGGAGGCCGGUCGAGUGUUCCCGAACCUACGGCCCGAUUCGCAAGGCCACAAUGACGUGCCGAUGGUGACGCUCGACGGCGAUAUCCUCAACAUCCCAUCCCAUUCCUUGGAUGUUGAUGAGAAAGCUGCAGCGCAAAUCGAGACCGAGAUACCCGCGCAAGGCCAAGCUUCGACUGAGAAAGAUCAAUCAGACCCCAACCGAUUCAGCCUCUUUUCUUCCGCAUGGGAGUCCACAGUCCACGCUGCAGAAUUCGGAGACCUGGUCCUACCUGGAGAGGAUGUGCGAAGUCUUUUCACUUUCCCUCGCGACGAGCCCGACGGAGUCUGGUGGCUGAAUGUCAAUAGACCAACGGAAGAAGAGGCUCGCACGCUGUGCAAGGCCUUUGGUGUACAUCCCCUGACAAUUGAAGAUAUCACCACCCAGGAGGCUCGAGAGAAGAUUGAGCUCUUCCCCUCAUACUACUUCGCCUGCUUCCGCUCCUUCCACAUCGUUCAAGAAGAAGACGGACCCGACUACGAGCCAUACAAUAUCUAUGUCGUGGUUUUCCGCGAGGGCACACUCAGCUUCAGCUUCCAGCCUAAUGGACAUGCUUCGCAGGUGCGAAAGAGGAUCUCCAGCCUGAAGGAGUAUGUGUCUCUGAGCAGUGACUGGAUCUGCUAUGCCUUGAUUGACAACAUUGUCGACUCGUUUGCGCCGGCGAUCCAUCGCAUCGAGCUUCUCACUGAAGGGAUUGAAGACUCGGUGUUUACAGCACGCUCUGAUGACAUGCACACGUUUCUACGGAAGCUUGGCGGUGUUCGCAAGAACACCCUUGGACUUAUGCGAGUCCUGGGUGGCAAGGCGGACGUCCUCAAGGGUUUCACCAAGCGCUGUAAUGAGAAUUACAAGGUCACGCCACGCAUGGACAUCGGGAUGUACCUGGGCGACAUCCAGGAUCACGUCGUCACCAUGAUGACCAAUCUAACGCACUUCGAGAAGAUCCUGUCCCGUGCCCACAGCAAUUACCUGGCUCAGUUGACUAUUGAUAGUAUCACGCAGGGGACACAAACGAAUGCGGGGCUCAGCAAGAUCACGUUCAUCGCCACUGUCAUCGUUCCGCUCAACAUUGUUACAGGCCUCUUUGGCAUGAAUGUCCACGUGCCGUUCAUGGACGAGCCCAGCCUGUCUGCCUUUUUUGGCAUUGUGGGAUGUCUAGUGGCUUUCGUUAUCAUAGCCUUCGCAGGGGCCCGCCGUCUGCGAUUUAUCUAG